GCUGCUGGCGAAAACAAAAGACAGAUGUAAUUGUGCAAUGUUAAAAAAAUUAAAAGUUUUAGUAAAUUUUACAAUAGUUUUACUAUAAUGGCUAGUAUAGAAUUAGAUAUAUGGCGUGGAGAAUGGGGACUUGCGUCUAUUGAUCUAGAAUGCCUUAAAGUUUUGACUUAUAUGAAAUUUAUUGGCGUUCCUGUUAAAGUUCGUGAGGCUAGCAAUCCGUUUUUUACUCCGAAAGGCACUCUGCCUGUCAUGAGAGACGGGAGGACAGUUUUGACGAACUUUGAAGAAGUAGUCUCAUAUCUUCAGUCUUUGCAUUACAGCACAGACGUUCACCUAAAUCAAAAGCAAGCAGCUGAAGCAAGUGCUUUCACACAAUAUUUACAUGACAAACUCUACCCUGCGUACCAGUACGCAUGGUGGGUGGAUGAGAAGAACUAUGGGGAACUCACGAGGCCUGCAUAUGCUAAAGCCUUGCGGAUACCAUUUAACUUCUAUUAUCCAUCAAAGUACCAGAGCAGUGCUAAGGCAAUGGUUGAUGCGUUGUAUGGGGAAUACACUGAUUUGAAGGAAAUUGAGAAAACUAUUUAUAACGAAGCAGAAAAGUGCCUCAAGACCUUGUCAGACCGGCUGGGUGAGAGUGAAUACUUCUUCGGCAACCGGCCCUCCUCGUUCGACGCCACGGUGUUCGCGUACCUGGCGCCGCUGGUCAAGGCGCCCUUCCCCAACGCGACCCUCGCUAGCCACGUCAAAGCGAUCGCUAACCUGUCUCGAUUCGUUGCGAGGAUCAGUCAGAAGAACUUUAGAAAUGUUACUGAUGAUUACAACAGGAACUCGAAGAAGCAGUCUCGCGGCACGCAGUCGGAGCGCGAGGCGGCGCAGUUCCCGCACGAGACGAGGAACAAGCUGCUGGCGGCCGUGUUCGCGGCGCUCGCGAUGACGGGCUACGCGCUCGCCAACGGCAUGUUCCAGGACAUGAAAGAUUUCGAGCACUCGCAACAUUACAACGACAUGUUUGAGAAUGACGAAGACGACAACUGACCCCGAGCGGCCCACGCCUGGUGACACCUGUCAACUGUCAAGUUUACUGUCAACUGUCAAGGCUGAACCGCACACUGCCCGCCAUCUUGUUUUUACUUUGAGUUGAUCGCAUGAAAACUGUAAAUUAAAAUACUCUAGAGCUGUAAUAUAAUUAAGGUGACCACAUAAAUCGUGCGCGCUGAAACUAAAAGUAAAAUGUACCAACUAUUGUGAUCAUGUUAAAAUAAAGGUGAUCGCACACCGUACGACGUGAAGCUUUGGUUGCUUCGGCGCAUCCGGUAUUUCGAUGUAUAGGUUAGUAAAUGAUGCCCGCGACUUCAUCCGCGUAGGCCUUAGAAUCCCGUGGGAGCUCUUUGAUUUUCCGGCAUAAAAAUUAGCCUAUGUCACUCUCCAGGUCUUUAGCUAUAUCCAUGCAAAAGAAACACGUCGAUCCGUUGCUCCGUUGCAACGUGACUGAAGGCCAAACCAAUAAACCAACAAACACACUGGCAUGUAUGAUAUGGGUAGUGAUUCGAAUUUUUGUAGUACUGGCUUAUAUUUUUAACUGUAAUAAAAAAUUGAAAUACAGCACAUUAUUUAUGUGUCCGAGCGUCACAAAUAUGCGAUCGAUUUUAAGCAUUUUGUGUUUGGCUGGUCUAUAGAUGUAUUUAACGUUUUAUUCGAGCUUUGUAAAUAGAAUUUAGGAUUCUGUCUGUCAUGUUCAUGUGUAGUCAAUGUGAUACAUGGAUUUAAUCAUCAUCAUCAUUUUCAACAACAACAGCAAAGGCAACGCAUCGGCGAUACCUCUGGUGCUGCAAAUGAUCAUGGGCGGCGGUAAUCACUUAACACCAGGUGACCCGCCUGCUCGUUUGCUCGCUAUUUUUUAUUUAAAAAAAGUCAAUAUGCAUCCUGCCACUGUAGGAUAUAGACUCAUAGACAGAUAUAGACUUUCUUUGUUAAUCAAUCAUGAUGAUGAUGAUGAUGAUGAUGUCGACAUAAUAUAUUAUCAAACCCAAGCACAUUGCCACGAAAGGCAAACUAUUGUGUUCCUAUUACUAUUAAAUAAUAAUAUUGUAUUUUAAUUACCAAAAAGAUAUAUAGACUGCAAAUACUUAAAUAAUGCACAGAGUAUUUUAUCGAAGUUUGUUGUAUAGUUUUUACAAUUUGUUUUAAUUUCUUAAACAUUUUCCGAGUUUUUAGGCUCAACCAUAUCAUUUUAAACACGUUAAUAGAAAUUCACUGGCGCAAUCAGCACGAGGAUUCGCCUUGUUGGACCGAAACUAGAAAAAUCGGUGAAGUGCGGGUCGGACUCGCACAUGAAGGGUUCCGUACCAUCCUAUAGGAAAUAAUACUUCCUAUUUUUUAAUUUUACGGUGGCCAUUUUGAAAUUUCUAUUAUUA